AUGAUAAAGUCCAUUCUCAAGCUGUUUGGCAAAGGCCAAGCCAAGAAGCGAGACAAUGACGCUCUCCCGGUCUUGGACCCAAGAGUGCGACCGCUCACACCAACACCAUCAAACAAAGAGAAAUUCCGCCACUCUGCUAUCCAAGCCACAGCUCAGAGUCCCUUCUUCCAAAAGCUUCCACCCGAGAUCCGAACAAAGAUUCUUACCAUGGCAUUCGGCGGCCGCACUGUUCACAUGGAUCUAUGGCAGGACAAGCCUGAUGUCGAAAUACCCAAGAGUGACAACAUCAAGGUCGGUGCACUCGUCCAUGGCCGCAAGCGAGUCUAUACGACUGGACACCCAGGUUAUAAGUAUCUGAUGCGAAGUCUAAAAGAGCCGGAGCAGUGGAUCUGGCAGGGAUCCGUCUGCCACCGCAACUUGCCUGAUGAUGAACCUGGGAAGCGAUUCUGGGAGGAGCUGGAGCCGUCUGAAGACUUCUGUCGCUAUGGCGGCCUCGGGAUAACAGACGUGGGUGACAUCUGCAAAAUGUGGCAUGAGAAAGAUGGCGAAGCGAGCUGCAACAUUGGCGCCAUAGGUUGGCUGCUCAGCUGCCGGCAAGCUUACAAGGAGGGCAUCGAGGUCCUCUACGCGACCAACACCAUUCACUCGGCAAGCAAGCUCAUGCUGCUCAAUUUGGACAAACUUCUUCCCCCCCAGCGCCUGUCCAGCAUCAAGUCCUUGGAGCUCAUCUGGACUUUCGACCCGUACCUGUGUAACUCCUUGCCUAUUGAGGAGCCUUGCAGAGAUCUUGAGUCUUUUCAGAGGUUUCUCGAAGCCUUGCCGGUCUUCUUCCCACGUGUCCAGCGUCUCCACGUCGCCAUCCAAGGACAGGUCUUCCCUGUUGAGCUGAAGAGCCGUAGCUGGGAAUUCAUGGAAGAUACUUCCAAAGUCAUUGAAAUCAUCGAGAAGAAUAUGCUCACCCCUUUUGAUGAGAUGGUCCAUCGGCUCGGUCCCGGCGCUCGUGAGGUUACGUUGGCAUGCUCCUCCUACCUGUACGCCCGGCUCAGAGGAGUCGCACUCGAGAACAAUGCGGCCGUUGUUCAGCAAGUCCACCUCGGCGCCGAGAAGGAGAGGCACUGGAGAGCCCUCCCCAGCGGCAAAGGGCGCAACAACCACCUCGGCGGGUACUGGGUACAGCUUGGCCAGAGAGAUCUUGACGACGUCUAUGCCCACCUGUCCAGUUCCUUUGACUGGGAUAACCCGAUAUUCCCCGAAGAGUACAAUGUAUUUGACAUCCCAUCUUCGCUGCCUUUCGUCACUCUGGAUCGCUGA